AGAAAGCAAAGAAGAGAGCGGAGGGAGCCAGCUCCAAUGUGUUCUCCAUGUUUGAACAGGCCCAGAUCCAGGAGUUCAAAGAAGCGUUCACUAUCAUGGACCAAAACAGAGAUGGCUUCAUUGACAAGAACGACCUCAGGGACACCUUUGCAGCUUUAGGCCGUUUAAAUGUCAAACAAGAAGAGAUUGAUGACAUGCUGAAGGAGGCACCAGGGCCCAUUAAUUUCACCGUCUUUCUCACCAUGUUUGGAGAGAAACUAAAAGGUGCUGACCCAGAGGAGACUAUCCUUAAUGCUUUUAAAGUCUUUGACCCUGAGGGAAAAGGAACACUAAAGAAAGAGUUUGUGACAGAGAUGCUGACGACCCAGGCUGAUAGAUUCUCUGCUGAAGAGAUGGAGCAGAUGUUUCAGGCGUUCCCUCCAGAUGUAGCAGGGAACCUGGACUACAAGAACCUUGUCUAUGUCAUCACACAUGGUGAAGAGAAAGACCAGGAAUAA